AUGAACCAAAAAAAAAUUGAAGAUUUUAUUUAUUUUGGUGCAAAAACUAUAGAAUAUAAUCUAGUUACUUCUAAUUCUGAUAUCAAAAUGGACAUGACUAUUGUUUAUCCUCUCAAAUCACCAAAGUUUAAGUAUUUGGAUCAUUUAGACUCAAAUAUUAAAUUACAAACUAACUACUUUGUAUCAGAAUUAAUUAGAUUUUCUAAGUCUGGCAAAAUAAUAAUCGAAACUAUAGAUAUUGACUAUUUGAAAACUUCUGCUAUUAAUAUUAAUCAGAUUGAAAGUUCCUCACUUGCAAUACCAAAUGCAUCAUCGAUUAUUGAUCUUAUUGAUGAUAAUUUCAAUCUUACACAAGAAAUUGAUAUAGAGAAUAAUAACCUGCCUGAUUCUGUAAAUUUAGAAGAUGAAGAUUAUGAAAAACAAUCUGAUAAUUAUAAAAAAACUGUGGAAUCAGAUAAUAAAAAUGAUUUUUAUAAUGAAUUCGAAGAAAACCAAAAACUACAUUCUAAAAAGAGAAAGAGAAAUACUACUAAACCCCAAAAAGAAAAGGGAAAGAAAGUUAGAAAAUAA